ACAUUCUGUUUUCGCCAAUGACAACGGCGUAAACACCCGCUGAUUUUUCUGAACAUUUAUAUUCUUUUUCAAGAGUAAAAUGUCGGCCAAUUCUUCUACUCAUUUGCAAAAGAAGACAAAGUUUGGAGGGUCUAACAUUCACUCAAACCGAACCAAGUAUAGUCAAAAAUCAACGAAAUGGAGUAAUCAACGCUCUCAAUUCGGCGGAUCUAGCGUACUGUCAGCAACAUCUAGGAAAAAUCUUGUUUUAGAUAAGACUAAUACAGAAUUAUGGAAACCAAAGUGUAGGGUCUAUAAUGAAUCUGGCGACGAUGUUACUCCUCUACCUUUGUAUGCAAUGGAUCCUAACGUUAAGAGGAAUCAGAGUUUUCUUAUGGGGGAUCAUUCGGAUGGAACGCCAACGGAUCUUAUGUCCCAACCUGGAUCCAAUAUGGCACAUCAAAGUACAUUCGGUGCAGGCCCAUUUACAAGAUCAAUAAUCAGCGCAUCCCAAUCUGGAAUAUCUCAUUCACCGGAGGAGUCGUUAAUCGAUGAUCUAACUGCUACUCAAGGCCCAAAUGAAGAUCAAUCAAACUUUGUCUUUUCAAGAAAAGUCGAAGAAAAGAUAGAUACUUUAACAGAAGAGGAUUUAGAAAAAGCUAUAAGGCUAGAUUUAUAUGAAACAGAGACUAUAGAUAUGUUUGAACUGCAUCCUAUAUGUUUUUCUCAAGAUUCUGAAGAAGCCAAUCUCAUUAGAGAAAGGAAUGAAAAAUAUGCGGAGUUGAAAACGAGCCGAGUUGGGAACGACCGUUAUGUUGAUAGAAAAAUGAAUACUUUCAACGAAUAUCCAAAGAACAAAACAGUUCAAACAAUGAAAAGAACUUUUAAUGAAAUUGGGGUUACUGCUACAACUUGGGAUAUGUAUGACACGUAUAAAGCUCUUGAACCUCCACCAGAAAAAACUGAUGAAGAAGACGAAGGUCUAGAUGGUGAUGAAAAAUUGGAUAGACUAGAUAGGCCUCAAACAGGUUCAAAACCAUUUGGAAAGAGUAAUACAGAAAUGUCGUUAGGCGAUUCUAUGGCUCAACAAACAGGAGUAUCAACAUUUGAAGACGAUUUAUCUGUUAGAACCAAUUUAGCAAAGACAAUGGCCACAACCACUAUGACGUCCAGCAUGUUUGCACCUCUGCAAUCUACUGUAGUUCGUCCUGGUACAGAGAGUCGCCUAACUAUAACAUCUGAAUCAGCGUCUGUUCAGGCAAGAGCAGGAACAUUUGAAACACUUAGCGAAGAAGCUAAAGAUAAAUACAGAAAGAAACAGUUUGGUCUAAUUUCUAAAUUACCAAAUUUCAAAAGGGAUUUAGUGAUUAUGGAAAGAGUUGUCAAUUUAAAUACUUAUCAACCAAAAUUAGCUACCUACCGAGACCUUCCAGUAUUUCCCCCAGAUAUUGAAGAAAUUGUUGAAUCCUUAUCAGAAAAACCUGAUGUUUCGAAAGACGGUACAACGUUUACUAUGGGCACUCCUACUCCAAUUCCAAAGAGGGAGCCAACAGAGACUAGUAUUUUGUCUAAGAAUAUACAGGAUGCCGGGGCAACACUUACAAGACUAUGGAUGUAUCAAUGUCCAUUAACUAGGGGCCGUAAUGUCUCCUGUAUUGCAUGGAAUAAGAGUAAUUUUGAUCUUUUGGCUGUUGGGUAUGGUCAAUUUGAAUACACUAAGCAAAAACCCGGUCUUGUUUGCUGUUGGUCUUUAAAAAAUCCUGAGUUUCCUGAGAGGAUUUAUUAUUGCCACGAAGGAGUAACGGCUCUAGACUUUUCCAAGGCACACCCAAGUUAUCUUGCCGUUGGAAUGUACGAUGGCACAGUAGCAAUAUAUAACGUAAAAUCAACUAGUAACGAAACAGUUUUGGAUACCUUAGAAUCGGCUGGUAAACACAUUGCUCCUGUUUGGAGAGUAAAUUGGGUAGAGAAGAAUAGGGAACAAGAUAACGAAAAAUCUGAAGUUCUUGUUUCUAUAGCCACUGAUGGGCGAGUUAUUCAAUGGUCAAUACGCAAAGGAUUUGAAAGUUAUGAUUUGAUGAAAUUGAAAAGAAUGCCUCAAAAGCCUAUAUGCCAAGGUUUAAGAAAUAAAGAAAAAAGAACAGAAGCCUUUAUAUCCAAAUUAGCCGGUGGAUUAUGCUUUGAUUUUUGGCCUGUCGAUACAAAUAUAUAUAUAGCUGGAACUGAAGAAGGUUACAUUCAUAAAUGUUCUUGUUCUUACAAUGAACAAUUCCUGGAAACUUAUACCGGCCAUGCUGGACCAGUUUACAGAGUUAAAUGGGCACCUCACCUUAAAGAUAUCUUCAUAAGUUGUAGCGCUGAUUGGACAGUUAAAUUAUGGCACCAAGAGUAUACAUUCCCACUAAUAAGUUGCCAAUCUUCCAUGAACUCUAUUCCGGAUAUUUGUUGGUCUCCUAAAUGUUGUAGUGUAUUUGCUUGUGUCAAUGAAAGAGGCAUAGAAAUUUGGGAUUUGGCCCAGAAUACACUGGAUCCUUGUAUAAAAACUAUACCAGUCGGAGAGGAGAAGUUUAGUUCUAUUGUGUUUAGUAAAAAUUCAGAGUGCGUUUUAGUUGGAGAUAGCGAAGGAACAGUUUCUGUUCAUCAACUGCAAAGUGUAUAUGAAAGUGAUGAGGCGCAGCAAAAGACGUCAUUUAUGAAAGUUAUCCACACCGCUCUUGAGACAAGUAAGCAAGAUCAGACAAGACAACAACAACAGCAACAACAACAACAACAGCAACAGGCUCAAAGUGAAACCGCGCCGGCUUGA